AUGGUGUUCGGUUCAGUUUUGGGCUUUAUUUUGUCGCUAUUUGGCCCCCACUAUUUGCCUAGAUUUUUAAACCGCAAUAAAGUAUGCGGAGAACAGUUUGUUGGUACUGAAACACGAGCGACAAAUGUGGAGACAAACAAAUUAUACGGCAACAAACUUCUCUUUAUUGGAGUUAUGACCGCUGCAAAAUACUUAGACACGAGAGCUACGGCUGUGAAUCGAACUUGGGCUAGCGAUAUCCCAGGACAUAUGGAAUUCUUUGUGAGUUUUGACAAGUCAAAGUCGUUCGACGACAAACGUAAACAAAUGCCAAUCCGAAUUUUACACGGAGUCGAAGACAACGAAUAUCCACCUCAGAAAAAAGUCAUGGCAAUGCUGAGAUAUAUGUAUGAAAACUACAUCGACCAUUACGAAUGGUUUAUGCGAGCAGACGACGACGUUUAUAUAAGGACACACAAGCUUAAAGAAUUUUUACGGAGCUUGGAUAGUACCGAGGAUGUAGUGGUUGGACAGGGGGGUACAGGUAAAAGCGACGAGGUCAAUAGAUUGGGUUUGAAGAAAAAUGAAUGUUAUUGUAUCGGUGGACCUGGGGUUAUUAUGAGUAGAAAUGUGUUGAAGAAAAUUGCUCCGAACAUGGAGAGAUGUUUGGAGGAGACCGCGUCAGAUCACGAGGACGUCGAAUUGGGACGGUGUAUUCGAAAAUACGCGGGUGUAUCGUGCUUGUGGGCUGAAGAGGUGGGUAAGCCUGCGCCUGAGCAGGGAAUGAUUGCCUGAUGUCCUCAGCAGCGCAUGAGGAGUCGCAUGAGGAGUAACUUUGAGUGCAUUGUUUCCAGCUGGACUUGACUUCCACUAACUGACUUAAUAAUCAUUUGAUUGGUUAAUCGGGUAGAUUAAACGCAUCUGAUUGGUUAAUCAGAAUCUCUAUAAGGCCAUAUUAAGCAAUCCUACUAUUCCGGAGUCAGUUCUCCUUCAUUGCUCAAGAGGACACCAACGCCCGUAUUCUAAAAGCUCACUCACACUCAAUGAGUGGAUGUUCAAUCUGAGCUUCUCUCGAGUGUCAUUGCUGUUUUUCAAUAGCUCUCACCCUCCAGCUAUUAAAAAACAGCAUUGACACUGAAGAGAAGCUCAGAUUGAACUUCCACUCUUUGAGUGUGAUUGAGCUUUUAGAAUACAGGUGUAAGGCGACAGCAGUUUUUGCCAAGGAUUUUAACAUACAUACUGGGAGGCCAGGCAAUUGGCCCCACUAGUUAGUGGCUCAGACUGGGCCCAAACCUUACCCCUGACCAUAGAUAUCUUAUAUACACUAGAUAGCGCAUCUCUUUUAGUAAAAUUGAUAUGAAGCCAAGAAUAUUCCAGCGGUUACCCCCAUUUGAAUAGAUGGCGGCCAUGUUGGUAGUUCCACUUGCUAAUAAACGCUUAAAAAACAACAAUAACUUUCAUCAUUUGAAUAGUUUAAAAAUGUAUUUGGAAUAGGUUUAACUUAAUGCUUAAACAGGGGUUUAAGAAAUAGAAAACAUACGAAUCUUCUCAUUUCAUGGGAAUAUCCUGAGUCUGCAAUCACGGCUUCAAUUUUUGAAUUGCAGGAUAAUUAGAUGCACCAUCUAGUGAAUAUAAGAUAUCUAUGACCCUGACUGACCAAAAUCUCACUCUGGGGAGUCCACACUGGGCUCUAAUCUAGGUUUUUGCCCUCCACUGUAAACGUAUAAAAAUGCACUGAUUGUUGCGGCAUAUUAAAGUUAACUUGUUUCACCAAUUGUUGCAUGACAAGUCUGGAAAAAAAUGCUAUCAUCGUAACAAGGUUGAUGAGAUCAACAGACAUGGAACAAGUCGUUCCAACAAGUCUGAUAUCAUCUGCGCGUGACAAAUUGUUAACAAGUUGAUGACAACAAGCUCGUAGCAACUUGUUACGAACAGCCUGUAUUGGUCUUGUUGGGACAACUUGUAACAAGUCUGUUACCGUCAUCAAUAUUGUAACAAGAUGAUAACAACUUGUUCCAGACUUGUCACAACAACUGGGAACAAGCAGUGCGAACACAUCCUGAUAUCAGCUUCACAACAACUUUGUUACAACUUGUUUGCAGAUCGGCAAGGUGAGAUUAUAAUUUAUUUGACUUAAUCUCGUCAUCUUUUCUUGAAGGCGAAAGAACUUUUCCAACAAGUGUACAAAGAACAGGAGAAAGCUUAUCACGGUGUUUUAGAUGAAGCGAAAAUUGAUAAGGCAUUAACAUUGCACCCUGUGAAAGACCCAGCUUAUAUGUUUCGACUACACUACCAUUUCAUGUCCAUAAAUCUCUUCAAACUUCACUUCCGCGGAUAUAAAACUAAUGGAAUGCUCUCAACAACCAAAAGAAUAUUAUCUGGUGAAAUAAAUCCAAUGUCCUUCGCGAACAGGUCAAGAAAGACAGACUUUUACUUGCGAGCAAACGGCAGCUCUAAGCUAGAAUGGGAAUAUUUAACACAACAAAAACAUUCGAAGACCAUUCAACAUUUCGAUUUGAAAAAUCACAAAUCAUAUUUAAUGUUCAAAAAUGCAGACGGUAUGAAAAAGGCUUUAGCAAUAACAAUGCACGAAUUGAACGAAGAGCAUAGAAAAACAUUAAACCGAAAAACUAAAUCAAAGAUAACGCUUGAAAAUAUAAAUUAUGGGUAUUUGAGGGUAAACCCGAAAUACGGUGCACAGUAUCAACUGUGUCUAUCCAUAAAGUAUCCUCACGGACAACUUAAGUACCCCUGGCACCCUCCAAAACCCGCGUACCACUGGGCACAUGUGGACCAAGCUUUUUCGACAAUUCAAGGAAGAAUUCAAGCAGAUAUGAAGAGAAUAACUGUGCAUUUUAUUGUACCUCUACAAGAAAAAUACGAAGAAUUAAGAAGAUUUUUAGCAAGUGUAAAAGAAGCCUUCCUUAUACAUAGCGAACCAAUCGCAGUGCUUGUAGUAUACUUCCCAGAAUCCUCCUCGCCGGAGAAACACAUUCAGCAUAUCAACGAAUUAAAGGUCGAGUUCCCGGAGACGAAGUUCGUAUGGUUACAAAUCCCCGGGGAGUUUAACCGUGCCAAAGCUUUGCAAAAGGGCGCAAAGCACCUCGGGAACGAUUCGCUACUUUUUUUCUCCGAUAUUGAUUUAGUUUUCCGAAGGGAAUUUGUUUACCGCUGCCGUGGCAACACUAUACGAGGUAAACAAGUGUACAUGCCACUAUUGUUUGGCCAGUAUAACCCUGAUGUUGUUUACUUCAACAAGAAGAGGACAACAGAGACGAAUUUUGUUUACACAAAACCUGCUGGGCGUUGGCGCAUUUACGGUUAUGGGCCUGUGUGUAUAUACGAAAGUGACGUCAUGGCCGUGGGAGGCCUGAACACUAAUAUCAAAGGCUGGGGCAAGGAAGAUACGGAUUUUGCAAGCAGGGUUGUAGAACAUGGAUUAACUAUAUUCCGAGCUCCUGAUCAAGGAAUUGUUCAUGUAUUUCAUCGGCAUGUGCCUUGUGAUGAGAAUCUAGCAGAAGAUCAGAGAUAUCAAUGCAAGAUGGCUACUUUAUCAACAUACGCACCAAAGACUGAAGCAGUAGAUUAUUUAAUUGCCAAACGAUAUAUCGAAUAG